CUCUACCUAGAGCCUGGAGUGUCCCGGUCAGCAUGCAUUGUUGAUUAGGACAAUUACCAUACAGAGAAUGCACCUGUCCAGAAGUGUAGAUGUACCAGCGGGAGAGAAAAUAAGGCCCACACAAUGGCAUAUGACCAUGAUGCAGAAGACAUCCUGAAGCCUCUGGUCUUCCGUCUCCAUGAGAGCGUUCCUGAAGCAGUCCGUGAGGUCUUACUGGAACGUGGUUGGAGUGAAUUUGAUGAACAAGAGCAAGAUGAAGCAGACUGGAAUCUGUACUGGCAGAACUCCCCUUUCCGUAUGACUGACCACCGAAGCAUUAAACCAUGGCAGAGGCUCAACCACUAUCCAGAAACAGUGAGGAUCACAAGGAAAGACUAUCUGGCAAGGCAUCUGAAACGCAUGAAAGGAAUUUAUGGACCAUCUCUUUAUGAGUUUAGUCCAGUGGCAUUCAUCAUGCCUAAUGACUAUGUCAAGUUUAUAGCAGAAUACACCAAGGAGAGACAGUCACAGGGCAAAAAGCCAAGCUAUUGGAUUUGCAAGCCUGUGGAUUUGUCUCGUGGAAGGGGCAUACUCAUUUUCCAGGACAUUAAAGACUUUGUAUAUGAUUGCAUGGUCAUUGUGCAGAAGUACAUUAGUAACCCUUUGCUUAUUUCUGGGUACAAAUGGGAUCUCCGCCUCUAUGUCUGUGUCACCAGUUUUUGCCCCCUUACCAUUUACACUUACGAAGAAGGGCUGGUGAGGUUUGCCACUGAAAAGUUUGACCUCGGUUCUCUGGACAAUGUCUAUGCCCAUCUGACAAACACCAGCAUCAAUAAAUUUGGCGCCUCGUACAAAAAAAAUAAAGAAGGGAUCGGCCGUGGCUGCAAAUGGACGUUCAGCAAAUUCCGAUCUUACCUACGCAGCCAUGAGGUGGACGACCUGCUUCUGUGGCGGAGAAUAAACAACAUCGUAAUGCUGACCCUGCUUGCUAUAACCCCUUCUGUUCCAUUGACGUCCAAUUGCUUUGAGCUCUUUGGGUUCGACAUUCUGAUCGAUGACACAUUCAAACCAUGGCUUUUAGAGGUAAACUACAGCCCAGCCUUGCGCCUAGACUGUUCCAUCGACACAACAGUGAAAAAAAGACUUCUCCAUGAUAUCAUUGAAUUGCUAAAUUAUAAGCAAACUGACACCUUGAGAGAAAACAACGGGCCUGGCACUAAGGCUUCAUAUGCUGGUAGGACACAUAUCCCCUUGACGACACAGGGUGAAAAUGCAACAGAUGACACUCCCAAUUUCCUUGCUUCUAGGCAAGAGAGUGAAUGCACUGCCACUUCUGCAGUGCAGUCUCUCUUGGAGGUUGCAGGAGGUUCGUUUAAGAAGGAGGCCAUAGUGAUGGGGAAAAUGGCCAGAACAUAUCCAAGGAAAACACUAACCUCACAACUCCGGGAAAGGAUGAACAGGCCGAAAACAUCUUCGCAAUCAAAGGCGGCAUCUAAAAGCAAACAGCUGCCAGGAGCUAGACACCCUGCACAUGCAUCUGUCCAAGUCACCCGUUGGUUGCCUACCACUGAGUUAUGUAACUACAAAUUAACUAUUCCUCCAUAUUUUCUCUCCACUAAAGACAAAAGGCCCUUCCCUCGAGUAGGUGAUUUUGUCCUUAUAUUUCCUUUCAACGAUGCUGCGCUUGAAGCCUCCAGAAAUGGAAUAGAUGUAAAAAGCAUCAUACAAGAAAUACACAAGUUAAUGAACAAACAGUUGCCCCCAGGACAGCAGAAAGUAAAGAAGAGAAAAGAUUAUUUAACUUUUAGAUAACUCAGUGAAUGUUAGGAUAUAAGCUGCCACACAAUGAAAGAGGAAGACAAUAACCAGAUCUGAAUGGUGCUAUUGACACAUCUUAGCUGGUGGUUUAGUUUGAAGAUGGUGGGUAUGUGCAGAAAUCAUCUCAGAAAUAAGGAUCUUGCAAAACCACACACAAUUUGAAAAUGUCUCUUGUAAUUUAACAAUGACACUAGGAAAUUAUUUUUUUAAAUAAAAGGAUGAAUUGCAUAAUUAAUUUAUACAGUAUUCUUCUGCC